UAUCAACACCCUUUCAUUCCGACACGAUCCCCCAAAACACCAAUUCCCAGGUGAACGAGGGCAUGAGACGUCAUGCGAUGGCCGCCAUGGGCUUCCGAAACGCAAGCCCAAAAACAACACAAUGAGCAAAGCAACCCUAAGAACUGGAACGAAUCCCUCAACGCAAUCGACUGGGCUGCAUUCACCGAAACCCGGACCCUUAUCCCCACUCUCAUCCUCACAACAGGGAUCGUAGGCGCACUACAAAUCCACCGCCUAUAUCUACGCCGAUUCCCCGACGCCGUCAGCAUCUCGCCCUCCUACUUCCGGAAGAGGACCAUCCUCGGCCAGGUGACGAGCGUUGGCGACGGCGAUGGAUUCCGACUAUACCACACGCCCGGAGGCAGACUGGCGGGGUGGGGAUGGUUGCCGUGGAAGAAAGUUCCGACGAACAAAAAGGAACUGAGGGAUAAGACGAUCUCUGUUCGGUUGGCUGGCGUGGAUGCGCCGGAAAUGGCGCAUUUCGGUCGCCCGGAGCAGCCAUAUGCUCGCGAAGCCCAUCAAUGGCUGACGUCGUAUGUUCUCAAUCGUCGUGUUCGGGUCUUAGUGCAUCGUCAGGAUCAGUAUCAGCGUGUGGUGGCUUCUGCAUAUACGCGCCGAGCGCUUGAUUUCCCGAUUCCGUUUCGUCGCCGAGAUGUAUCGUAUGAGAUGUUGACGCGGGGAUUGGCUACCGUGUAUGAGGCGAAGGCAGGCUCGGAAUUCGGAGGCCCAGAUAUGGAGCGAAAAUACAGGGAGGCAGAGUCCAUAGCCAAGCGGAAGGGUACAGGCCUGUGGAAGGGGUAUCGUCGCAAUCGCGCUGGGUGGGAAAGUCCACGGGACUAUAAGACUCGUAUGGGUUCAGAGGAGCAGUCGCAGAAUAAAUGAAACAGUAUAGGGGGGUAGGGUUGUGGUUUAGAAAGUAAGCUAAAAGGUAUGUGUCUGUACGUUUAUGUCCGUACUUUUGAUGAAGGUAUAUAUCCUGAUUACGACAUGGCAACGAAUUGAUCUAAGGCAUAGCAUGGUUAAUAUGAAUGGUGGUUUUUUAUUAUUUUUCUUUUCCAUU